AUGCACUCCUACGCUGCUCUCGGUAUGCUUGCCCUUGCGGGCUCCGCCAUGGCUGCUCCCCGUCCUCACUGGGGCAACCACGGUGGCAACGCCCACGUCGUCUACGAGACCGCCGUCGUCACCGUCAUCGUUGGUCCUGACGGCCAGCCCAUCGGCGGUGCUGCCCCUACUCCCGCUCCGGAGCCCACCCAGGGAUACGGAACUCCCCCUGCGGAGCCUACUUCGGUUGUGGUCGAGCAACCCGCUCCUACCCCGUCUCCCGAGCAAUCCUCUGCUCCUCCGUCCUACCAGCAGCCCUCUCCUUCUCCGUCUCCCGAGCCUUCUACUCCUGCUGCCGAGCCCACUCCCACUCCCACCCCGGAGCCCAGCAGCCCUCCGUCUUCCGGCGGUGGUUACAUCGACACCGUCAACACAUGGCGCGCCAAGCUCGGUCUUUCCAACCUCAGCCAGGAUGACACUCUCCAGAACAACGCCUUGAAGACCUGCGAUGACGGCAACGGCGAGAUGAAGCACGAGCUCAACCCCGGAACCUUCGGCCAGGUCCUCGCGCCUGGACAGCCCGACGAGUUCGAGAAGGUCUUCGUUGGCGGCUGGCUCUGCGAGAAGCCCGACAUGCCUGGCAUGGACGGCAUCUGCGCCAGCAUGUCCGAUGGCUGGGCCUACAACGGCCAGACUGGCCACGCCGACAUCCUCUCCAGCAAGGACUACACCAAGAUCGGAUGCUCCAACGCCAAGGGCAUCUGGGGCUGCGACGUUGCUUAA